UCGGGGCGAAUCUGGGAUUCACUGUCAGAGGGGAAGAAGAGCAGAGGACUUUCUCAACGUUCUGUGAAUCAUGGCUACUGAAACCGUGUCCCCGGCAUGCACUGGAUCCAGUUUGCUGCAACCCAUAAGCGAAAUCAUCAAUCUUCCUCUCGACCAGGUCAACUUUGUGGUGUGCCAGUUGUUUGCCCUGUUGACUGCCUUCUGGUUCCGUCUGUAUCUCCACCCCAGUAAGACCAGUCCCUUCGUCAGACAUGUGGUGGCCACACUACUGGGAUUCUACUUUGCUCUCUUCUGCUUCGGCUGGUAUGCUCUCCACUUCCUGGUUCAGAGUGGGCUCACCUAUGGCAUCAUGAUCCUCACUGGAGUAGAACACAUGCACAAGUACUGUCUGGUGGUAGCCCUGGGCUAUCUCAGCUUCUGUCAGAUCACACGCGUGUACGUCUUCGACUAUGGCAUGUACUCUGCUGACUUCACAGGGCCUAUGAUGGUGAUAACACAGAAGAUCACCAGUUUGGCGUUUGAAAUCCAUGAUGGAAUGUGCCGGAAAGAGGAGCAGCUGACCCCAAAUCAGAAAGUCCUGGCUAUAAGGAGGAUGCCCAGUCUGCUGGAGUACUUCAGCUACAACUGUAACUUCCUGGGCAUCCUGGCCGGCCCCACCUCCUCCUACAACGAUUACAUCGCCUUCAUCGAGGGCACGCUCUGCCGUCGCAGUAAAGACCACCAGACCAACGGGAAGACCAACGGCAGACACAAACAGACUGACCCCUCCCCAAACAUUGAAGUCGUCCGUAAACUGGCCACCUGUUUCUUCUCCCUCAUGGUUUUCCUCUCGGUCUGUAAAGUGUUCCCUGUGGAACGGAACAUCGACGACGACUUCAUCGCAAACACGCCCUUCUACGCCCAGGUGGUCUACCUCUACCUGUCCAUGCUUACCACCCGGCCCAAGUACUACUUCGUCUGGACGCUGGCUGAUGCCAUCAACAAUGCAGCAGGAUUUGGAUUCAAUGGAUACAACAGUGACGGCUCACCACGGUGGGAUCUCAUCUCCAAUCUGAGGAUAAUGGAUAUUGAGUUUGCCACCAGCUUCAAGAUGUUCCUUGACAAUUGGAAUAUACAGACGGCACAUUGGCUCAAAAGGGUGUGUUACGAGCGCUGUCCCUACAACCCCACAGCGGCUACCUUCAUUCUGUCAGCCAUGUGGCACGGAGCCUACCCUGGAUACUACCUCACCUUCCUCACUGGCAUCGUGGUCACACUGGCUGCACGUGCCAUGAGACACAACGUGAGGCCGUACUUCCUGGGCUCGCCUUCACUCAAGCUACUGUAUGAUGUGAUCACGUGGGCGGGCACCCAGAUUGCCAUUUGUUACACUGUGGUGCCUUUUGUGCUGCUGUCUGUCGGGCCCUCUAUGAAGUUCUACAGGUCCUGGUACUUCAGUGUCCACAUCGGCUGUGUCCUCCUGGCCGUAGCACUGCCAGUCAAACCCCGACACUUGCGCCUGAAGGAAGCUCCCGUCCUCUCCCACCAGGACUCCACCUCCACAGAUGGCCACUGCAACCAGAAGACCAAAGCCACAUGAAGCAGAUUCGGAGACCAGCAGCGGUGCACACACACAGAGACUAGCACCAAGGACUGCAGGGACUGUCCAACACAUUAUUAGAGAGCGAGACUGUCCAAGCUGUGUUUUGGAGUGGGAUGACGAUUCUCAUUUGUUCACGUGAGAAGGGAUGGAUGGACUGAAAGCUUUGUGAUUUACCUAUUUAGUGCACUACUUUUGACCAGAGCCCUAUGGGCCAUGGUCAAAAGUAGUGCACUAGAAAGUGAAUAGGGUGCCAAUAAAAUUUUAUUUUAUUUGGAACGCAGCCCCCUACUGUAUUAUGAGGACUAUUGGCUGUGGCUCAGCGGGAUGGAGGGGUCCCGAAUCGAUGAUGAAAUGCCAGUAUUGUACUGUUACUGUAUUAUGGGAGUAUGCAAACUUGCCUUAUAAUCUUUGUCUCUUUCUCCACCCAUUUUUAUUUUAGCUUUUGUGUAUCCUCCUCAAAUUGGAUAUUAUUGUGUGUGCGGUGUUUCUCACUCAAGGUGAACAGGUUUUAGGAUCAGGUGAGAGAGAGUGGAGUGGUUUCAGUUAAUGGUGUUAUAGUCCAGGUAAAAAGCAAAGAUACAGGAAAUUAGGACACAAGAAUUAAAAGAGAAGGAAAACAAGAUAGUGUCCUUGAGGUCUUUUCACAAAAUAUGUAGGGUGUCCAACCACUCUGCCCAGAAGUGGGUGAAAAAAAACACACUUUGGUGAUGAAAUUUCACUUCCUUAUGUUAUUAAAUACAUUUUACCAAUA